AUGUCGUUCACGGGCUCUAAAUUCCAAUUAAUCAUCCGCCAGCAGCCUACACGGGCACGCGUAGCUGGUGUGAAAGAGAAAGACCGCAAGCCGGUCGAUCCCCAACCGAUAGUGCAGUUCCAGGUGAUAGAGCGAGGAAAUUACCUCGCGCAACACUAUCUGCAGAGUCCCUACUAUUUCAUGUGCUGCAGCUUGUUCGAUCCCUUAAAUGACGUCCCAGUUCCUGUACCGCCAUCCACGGCUUUGACAGGUACUUUGGUCUCGUCACUCCACCGACUGAAGGACGAGGACAAUAGCGAAGGGGGCUUCUUUGUCUUUAGCGACUUGUCUGUGAAACUCGAGGGAAGCUUUCGGCUGAAGUUCACACUUUUUGAAAUGGGAGAGGGUAGCGCCUCUCAUUUGGCGUCCAUCAUCUCAGACCGCUUCACCGUGGCUCGCCCGAAGGACUUCCUUGGGAUGACAGAGGCAACCUCCCUGUCUAGACUAUUCGCAGACCAGGGAGUGAAAUUAAAGCUUCGGAAAAAGUCACGGGCAGGCAUAAAGCGGUCACUCCAACAAGUGGAGGAGUAUCCCCGACCGGCUCCUCGCCGUUCUCCGGAUUAUUCUUCGAUCCAGAUACCAGGGAAUCCCUCUACGGGUUAUUCAGGAGCUGUAGCUGGAGUAUAUCAAGACUACAGCUAUUAUACAGGCCCGGUUAAGCGGCAGUGCAUGUCGCUCGAUUAUACUAACCGAGGGACCUAUAACGACGGGCGAACGUACCCAAUAGAAGCCCAUCCACAGAGCCCAGCUCAGCCGACAAACCAACCACGGGCCUAUACAACUCCUAUAUUGCAAGGCCACGUGGGCGUUAGAAAUUACGCCAUGUCGGACGGUAUUCCGCCCUUUUCCCAGGUUCCUGAAAGCCUGUGA